AUGGCUAUGUCCAUGAGCCCCCAUAGUCCAAUGUGCCCCGACUGGGUCUUCUCCAACAAUUCCGACGUCUCCAUUGCAAAAGACCGAGGGUGGUUCACCUCAUACACUCCGUUUGCGUCUCGCCUCAUGAACGGCGAUCUGGCCGUCAUAGGUAUUGGUAGUGUCGAAAUCCCCGUUAGGCUACGCUCCAAUCGGACUGACAAAAGACAUGGUACUAUUCGUAUUAACGAAGUACUUCAUGUACCAACUGCUGUGUGUAACAUCCUCGGCCGGGGAGACUUUUUGGACACUUAUAGCAUCUCUACCUUGGACGGAGUCAAAGACAAGAUGGGCCGUACCGCUGCGUGUUUCGAUAAGGAGAAGAGAUUAUUCUGUCUCAAACUUAGCGGGCGUCCAGUUGGUGCUCGUUACCAUGCUAAUAAGCCGUACACGGCUACCGAGAAGGCAUGGCUUAAGCAGCAUUACAAAGACGAAUAUCACUUCCUGCAACAACAUAGUCUCUCGAUCUACAAAGAUGAAGACCGCGAGGAGGGCAGAGCUAUAGUGCGCUCAUUUAUAGCUGCUGAAGCCGAGGGCUCUGCCGGUACCGAAGGCGCGUUAGACAGCAACACCGAGGACGAUGGAUCCUUACCUGACCUGUUGAGCCAGGACGACGUCGACGACGACGAUGCGAAUAGCCUUCUCCUCGAGCUUGAGGAGGACCCGAUGUCUCAUCUGGCCGACUACUACUUUACUGGCAAGCAAUUGGACUGGAUCAAGGAACAUUACAAGCAUUCUGGCAAUUUCCUGUUGUGUUACGGAUUGAAGGCGUUCGAUGAGGAGGACUGCCGUGAAGGAAAGGCAAUCUUGGAGGCAAUAAUGGACGACGAAGACGACGGCGACAGCGAUGAUGCAAACAGCUUCCUCGACGAGCUUGAGGAUGACCCGAUGUCUCAUCUGGCUGACUACAACUUCACUGAGAAGCAACUCGGCUGGAUUAAGAAGCACUACGGACAUUCUGGCAAUUUCCUGUUAAAUCAUGGGCUGAAGCCGUUCGACGAUAAUGACUGUCGAGAGGGACGGGCGAUCUUGGAGGUAAUGAUGGAGGACGACUAA